UAAAUGAUAAGAUUUUGUGUGCUUUUCAAAUAAAAUCACGAUUCGUGAAGUUAUUUGAUAAAUAAUAAAUAUUAUUUUUAAUUUAGAAUAUUAAUUGUACCACAUUUACCUAUAUUUAAUUCUAGAAAAAAAUAAACUUAUUUAAAAAUCAUGCCGUUCAUGAAAGGUGCUGCUCCGAUUCGGAGAACCAUGCAAUAUUUGGAUGCAGGUAAAAUUGUGUUUAAAGAUCGAAUAAAAAUAUUUUCCGUUCACUACAAUACUCUGGGUGAGAAUCAUCAUGGCACUAGAGAAUUUGUAUUUUGGCAUCUACCACAAAUUCAAUUCAAAAAUCCCGAUGUACAAGUUUUAACUCUUAAAAAUAUGACACCAACGCCGUUCAUCAGGUCAGUACUCUUUCAUUUUAAACAAAAUGUUAAACAAUAUUGAUAUAAAUAUUUUUUAGAUGUUACAUGAAUGAUGGCAAAGAUAUGUUGAUUGAUGUUGAUAAUCGUGAUAAAGAUCGAAUUCAUGACCAUAUCUUAGAAGUUCUUGGAAAACCAAAAGAAACACUUGAAAUGGAAGCAAUGGCUAGAGAAAAAAAAGAUAACCCUGCAAACUUUGGAUAUAUGUGUGAAAAACAUUGCAUGUGUGAAAUUUUGGGGCAAGUUCCAUGUCCAUCAGUUGUACCGUUGCCUAAAUCUUGGCGAGGCAAAUUCAAAAAUGAAGAAUUAUAGUUUGUACCUAUUCUAAUUUUGUACAUACAUUUUUUUAUUAAAUUAAGUUUUAUAGUUGUAGUAUGAAUUGAGAUAUUCUCAUAAACAUGUAAUUACAUUUAUUUUGAUUUUAUCCUUUGCCUGGUAGGUCCCUACUCUUUUUUUCUUCAGAUUAAACACAAUUAUGUUUUUGUGCCAUAAUUUACAAUACCAAAUGAAGGUACAAUUACUGAAUAAAACAACUGUAAACAAUUUACUUACCACAUAACUGUAGUCUUGAAAUAAUUAUAUGUAAUUAACACUGCAAAUUACUACAUGAUUUAAGAAACUUUAUUACAUAAAUUAUUUAAAACAGUAUAUAAUAUUAACUUUUGUAAAAAUGAACAAACCUAGCUAAUUUUCACUAGCUAAGCUACAACCACUAUGAAAUUAUUAUUUUAAAUUUAAUUUAUCUAAUAAUAAUGAAUGUAAUAAGACAGUAAUUUAAAAAUAAAAAAUAACAAAAACAGAAUAGUUUAAUACUUAAAACCAAAUACCUGUGAAUAUCAUAACUUACCUUGGACAAAUUGUUGAUACCUAAAUCAAAUUAUAUAAAUAAUAAUAUAUUAAUUAAAAUAUAUUUUUAUUAUAAUAUUAUAAAUUAAUACACAACACCAUAAUUGAAAAAAAACAUUACAUAUAAAUCAUUGAAUGUUAAUAAUUGUACAGUACCUAUCAAUGUACAUGAAUUAUUUUAAUCUACUAAUAAACAAAUUAGAUAAUGUCAUAACCAUUAAAUCAUACAUUUAGAUAUUUAAAUAGUACAAACAGCAAUAUUGACCAUGCAUUUUAAAAAUACAACUGUUUUUGGUUAAAUAUCUGUACAGUAAUAUUAAUUAGCCAUUAUGUCGACCAUAAAAAAAUUAACGAUACUGGUUUAGUUGACCUCCACCAUUCAGGUUUAGUUGACGCCAGCCAUUUGCAUCUCUUGUGUUUUCGAUUUUCUAAUUCAUUUGUUAUAAAAUGUAUACACAGCAGACAAAAAAGUUAUGGAAUUAAGUAUUUUAAGAAUGUUUGGUAAAAUAUAUGUAGUAAAAUUAAUGAUAUAAGAUAGGUAUAACAGCGGGUAUUGUAAUAAUAAUAUUAUGGAAUACAACUACCUCAAUUAAUCAGUUGUUGCUAUCACUGAAAUAAAUAAAAUAUACUAAAAUUACCAUAGUACUAAAAUAAAAUGCUGACAUAGUUUUGUUUUGAUAAAAUUAAUACUAAAUAGGC